AUGUCCUCCUUUACAGAAACGCCUGACUUGACAGGCGCGCAUACCGCUGUCUCAUCCUCGCCAACAAACUCCACUCCUUCGCCUUCGACCUCAAGUGUCACAACCGCCAAUUCUGCGCGUCGCCCACCGCGCAAGAGCACAUUGACUCAACAACAGAAGAACAACAAGCGUCAACGGGCCACGCAAGAUCAACUCGUCACCCUCGAAGUCGAAUUCAACAAGAACCCUACACCCACCGCUGCUACCCGGGAACGAAUCGCAAGUGAUAUCAAUAUGACCGAGCGAUCAGUACAAAUUUGGUUCCAGAACCGUCGCGCGAAAAUCAAGAUGCUUGCGAAGAAGAGCAUCGAGACUGGCGAAGGCUGCGAUUCAAUUCCCGAGUCAAUGCGCCAUUACCUUGCGAUGCAAUUCGAUCCCACCAAACCCGGAACCCGAGACCCCUUUGGCCGCUCGGCAGGAUAUGGAGCUCCCAGCAUGUAUGCGAAUGAGACUAGCCCUACUGGGAAAGUUGUCAUUUCGCAUUUCACCUGCCGUUCCCUGACUAUCGGUAGUUGGCGGCGCAUCGGCCAGAAUGCCAUGGACCUGGUGGUUUUUUACUCACCAGACAAGGCCUGCAUGACAUAUUAUAUCAACAACGACUCCGCUGGUUAUAAAAUCGAGUACCCCUUCGCCCAUAUCAAGAACAUCACAUUGGAGACAGGGGACCCCACUCCUGGACCGAACGGUGCGCCACCUCGACCUGGUGGGUUAGUGGUGGAAUUAAACCGCCCACCUAUGUUUUACAUGGAUUCAUCCAAUUCAGGAGGCUUCUACCAAUGUGGUGAUUUUACUGAGGAACAGCAAGCGAGCCAAAUCAUGGUUCAUCACCUCGGAGGUCACCCCAAGGUUCUGAGUGUCCAGCUCGCAAAGCUUGUAUCAUUGGAAUCUUUCCAAAACCGUUUGGCGUACCAUGCCAACAACAACAACUUUGCUGUACCUGCCGUGCCCGCUACACCCACUGCGCCUUCCACGAUGUCGCCUCCCUUUAUUCAACGACCUGCCUCUCAGCCAAAUCAAUUUGCACAGGCCCCUUACGUGGGACUGUACCAGGACGCCAAUCAUUUGGGCUUCAAUAUGCCCGCUGCUCGUGGCCACAAGCGCCAACGUAGUCGGUCUGUCCCGGUGGCGGUUGACAUCUCUGCCCUGCAAGCCCCCAUGCACUCCUUCCACAUGCCGCAAACGCCUGCCCCGUUCAACCACGCCGACUCUGGAAUCUAUGCGCCUAUCCCGCAGUCUGUCCACGCCCUUCCCACAGAUUUACGUAUCGACACUGAGGGCUAUGGGUUGGAUUUCCGACAGAACCCCAUGUCUGCAACCACUACGGGCUCGCCAUCCGAAUUUGCCAGCCCGUCGAUGUUUAGCAGUGCCGCUCAAGGAGACUCCACACCAGUCGCCAGCAUGGCUCCUCAGUUCAAUGUUUCGUACAUUUCUGCAGGACCGUCCGACCCUUCCACUGUUGGAUCGCAUGCGCCAUCACCCUACUCUGGUGUCAGUCCAGCGGACCCUAUGAUUGCCAACCACUCUCCUCCUCUGUCGAACAUGUCUCACGGAUCAUCUGACAUGUAUGGCUUCGCGCAUGAUCAGCAAUCGGACUUCGCCGAGGACGGCCUUUCAAUCAACGAUAUGUAUCCCAAGCAUCAUAACGUGAACUACGCCGUCUCUCACGAUGGUCCUAGCUUCGACCUUCCGAUGCACGGCAUGCCUGGCCACGCCUCCCCAGCGAUGGCCGAUUACUCCCACCAUGGCAUGGUCAACCUUGACGAAAUCAACUCAAACGGCCUGCCUACCGGGCCCUGA